CUUCGGUUAGCUUCACUUAUUUCCGUCGUCCCAUUGUUGACAAAAAUAUCACAUGAUAUGCGAUCUGGGGUUCACAACCUCUCCGUUGUAACCAUUUCUGGGUCAGUGCAGUAGUCUGUUCGUCUGUCUGCGUGAAGUAAACGACAUAUUUGAAGCAAGUCAAGUUCACAUUGUUAAGUCUAUUAUUGUCUUGCCUGGUCUCGGAUACAUCUUUUAAUACGAUGAAUGAGAGAAAUGAUGGAAAAACGGAACAGGUUUUACCAAAUACACCAUCUAAAUGUACAUGGACCUUAGGAAGUGACAUCAAAGAAAGUCCACAUAAACAUAUUCCACUACCUGCCGUGGAAGAGAAAAUACUCCCGAAUGUUUUGAGUCGAACUGGAAACACGCCAAUGGUGAGAAUCAAUAAACUCGGUAAAGAUGCUGGGUUGAAAUGUGAACUACUGGCUAAGUGUGAAUAUUUCAAUGCCGGUGGAAGUGUGAAAGAUAGAAUAGGCAGAAGAAUGAUAGAAGAUGCUGAGGAAAAAGGAUUAAUUAAACCCGGUGAUGUGAUCAUUGAAGCAACAGCAGGGAAUACAGGAAUUGGUCUUGCAUUAGCCGCAUGUGUCAAAGGUUAUAAAUGUAUUUUUGUCAUGCCUGAGUACAUGAGUAUGGACAAGGUUGAUAUCCUCCAUGUGCUAGGGGCAGAGAUUGUCCGUUCUCCGACUGCAACAACGCUUGACAGUUCGGACUCCCUUUUUGGUGUGGCUCACAGCUUGAGUAAGGAAAUUCCUAAUUCCAUUAUAUUGGAUCAGUUUCGGAAUGCAGAGAAUCCGUUGGCCCAUUAUGAUGAGACAGCUGAAGAAAUAUUAUCAGCUUGUGAUGGUAAGUUGGACAUGUUCAUUGCUUGUACAGCUACAGGUGGUACAAUUACAGGUGUGGGUAGAAAACUGAAGGAGAAAUGUCCACAGUGUAAGAUAAUUGCUGUGACCCCUGAAUCAUCUAAACGAAGUGAACUUGAAGGAGUCCAGGGUGCCUUUGUUGCGACAACUAUGGAUCCCUCUGUAAUUGACGAAAUAAUAGAAUGCAGUGACAAAGACUCAUUCCUAUGUGCAAGAAGACUGAUAAGAGAAGAAGGGUUGUUAUGUGGUGGCAGUAGUGGAUCAGCUAUGUCGGUCGCUCUGACAGCAGCUAAGGAAUUAGACGCCGGACAACGAUGUGUGGUUUUGAUAGCAGACUCUGCCAGAAACUACUUGACCAAAUUUAUUUCAGAUGACUGGAUGAUAGAAAGGGAUUAUGUGGAGAAAGAUGGUGGUGGGGCAUCAGCCGGUAAACAACUAUGGAAGGAUAUGAAAGUAUCAUCAUUAGAUAUAAAAUACUCCAUGACAGUAUUAUCGUCACAUUCCUGUGAAGAUUGCAUCGAUAUUAUGAAAAAAGAAGGAUUGUCACAGAUGGUUGUAGUGGAUGAAACUGGACAAGUGUUAGGUAUGGUAACCCUUGGUAACAUAAAUGCCCAGUUAAAGGCUGAAAAGGUGGAUAAAUCUACUGUAGUGUCAAGCGUUACAUACAAGCAGUUUCAAAAGAUUACUUUGGAUACUACUCUCGGCAAGUUAUAUCGCAUAUUUGAUGCUGAUCAUUUUUCAAUUGUAGUAAAUGAUCAAAAACAAUCGUCUGACAGUGAUGACCCGUCAAAACAGAUGUUUGCCAUUGUGAAAAAAUACGAUCUCCUGAAAUUGAUCUCCAAGCAGCAAGAAGCUGAAUAAGUUACCACUGUUUUCUGAUAUGGAUACCACUGGGAAUUUGAAGUUGUAAUGAUCCUGCUCAAGUAAAAGAAUUGUAUUUUAUGGUAUUUUUACGAAUUAAUAAAAAUAAUAUUUUCAUUUUGAGAAUGUAGUUAUAAUUUACGGCUCCACAAUUAUAGUUAGGAAGUUGCUCUGUUUUACUUAUUUGGUAUUGUAGUAAUGAAUAUGAAAAGUCGG